UUUCAAAGGUAAACAGAACUCGAAAAGUCUCGUCCAAAGAUACCGUUUUUUAGAAUAAAAUCGAGUGGCGACGGUGAACAUCGUACAACCAUGCUGCUGGACGUUGAUGGCAUGCAGGUUUUCUUCCCCUAUGACUUCAUCUACCCAGAACAGUAUUCUUACAUGUUAGACCUAAAGAGAAGUCUUGAUGCUAAGGGACACUGCAUACUGGAGAUGCCUUCGGGGACAGGCAAGACCAUUACGCUGCUGUCGCUCAUUGUGUCCUACCUCCGAGCUUUCCCGCAGAAUCUCACAAAGCUCAUUUACUGCUCCCGAACUAUUCCUGAGCUGGAAAAGGUAAUUGCAGAGUUGAAGAAGCUCAAGAACUACAUUGAAAAGGAGACUGGAGAACCUGCAAACAUCACUGGCCUUGCAUUAGCCUCCAGAAAGCACCUGUGUGUGAAUCCUGAGGUCAGUAAGGCAAGGGAAGGAAAGCUUGUUGACAAUGGAUGCUAUGCACUGACAGCCUCAUAUGUAAGAUCCAGGGCCCAGAGAGAUGACACAGUGCCACAGUGUGACUACUUUGAACAGUUUGAUCUCCAUGGCAAGGAAUUUCCCCUGCCAGCAGGCACAUACAACCUUGAUGACUUGCGGGAGUUUGGCAGACAGAAGGGAUGGUGCCCAUACUUCUUGGCCAGGCAUGCAAUAGUACAAGCAAAUAUCGUAGUCUACAGCUACCAUUACAUGCUGGAUCCAAAGAUUUCCGAAAUAGUAUCGAAAGAGAUGAAGAGCGAAGCUUGUGUUGUUUUCGAUGAGGCUCACAACAUUGACAAUAUUUGCAUUGACUCCAUGAGUAUAAAUAUUAAUAGAAGAGUACUGGAUAAGGCCAAAACCAGUCUUAACAGCUUACAUGAACAUAUAUCAAGGAUAAAGGAGUCUGACAGCAACAGGUUAAGAGACGAAUAUAGUCGUCUUGUGGAAGGGCUACGGCGUGCUUCUAACCAAGAGCAUAUUGUAGCAAAUCCUAUCCUGCCAAAAGAUUUAUUAGAAGAAAAUGUCCCUGGGAACAUCAGGACAGCCGAUUACUUUGUCUCAUUCAUGCGGCGCUUGAUUGACUUCCUGAAAAUGAGGUUGGCUGUCACACAUGCGGUCCAGGAGUCGCCAGCUGGUAUCCUGAAGGAUCUGAAAAACAGAGCCUUCAUUGAUCGAAAACCCCUGAGGUUUUGCUCUGAACGCCUCUCCUCCAUUGUAAGAACGUUAGAGUUGACUGAUAUAUCGGACAUCUCACCCCUCGUAGCUGUUGCUCACUUUGCCACCCUUGUCUCCACAUACUUGCAGGGUUUUGUCGUCAUUAUUGAGCCCUUUGAAGACAAGGCUCCAAAUAUUCCCAAUCCAAUAUUGUACUUGAGGUGUUUGGAUUCGUCGCUUGCAAUCAAACCAGUCUUCACAAAGUUCCAGACAGUUGUCAUUACCUCUGGAACUCUUUCACCGUUGGACAUGUAUCCUAAGAUCUUGGACUUCCACCCUGUGAUCCAGAAUUCUUUCACCAUGACACUUGCUAGACCUUGUAUUCUUCCAAUGAUUGUGACCAAGGGCAAUGACCAAGUGGCCAUCUCGUCCAAGUUUGAGUCCAGAGAAGAUCCAGCUGUUGUCAGAAAUUAUGGGAAGCUUUUAGUAGAAAUGGGAACAAUUGUACCUGAUGGAAUGGUGUGUUUCUUCACAUCUUACCUGUACCUGGAGAGUGUAGUGGCCACGUGGUAUGACCAUGGUAUCAUCAGUGACCUACAGAGGCACAAACUGGUUUUCAUCGAGACCCAAGAUGAUGCCGAGACAUCUCUGGCUCUUCUGAACUAUAUGAAAGCAUGUGACAAGGGACGGGGAGCGAUCCUGCUGGCUGUGGCGCGAGGCAAAGUGUCGGAAGGGAUCGAUUUCGACCAUCACUAUGGCCGCUGUGUCAUUAUGAUGGGAAUUCCAUUCAUGUACACCCAGAGCAGGAUUCUAAAGGCCAGAUUAGAAUACUUGCGUGACCAGUUUAAUAUUCGUGAAAAUGACUUCCUGACCUUCGAUGCCAUGCGUCAUGCAGCUCAGUGUGUGGGUCGAGUCAUGCGUGGAAAGACCGACUAUGGAAUCAUGUUGUUCGCAGAUAAGCGUUUCUCCAGGGCUGAUAAGAAGAGCAAAUUGCCUCGUUGGAUUCAAGAAUAUUUAGUUGACAGCAAGUGUAAUUUGUCAACGGAGGAAGCUGUUCAGGUGACAAGACCAUGGCUGCGUCAGAUGGCCCAGCCUUUCACAAGAGACGACCAGCUGGGAGUGUCACUGCUGACCCUCGAACAGCUCAACUCGGCCUCCAACAUCGAGAAAGUACAAAAGAGAGCUCAGCAAUCUUUUUAACAAGAGGAGGUUAAGAAGUAUAGGGUGUCUGCUGUUACGUUGUUGAAUCCUUGUUAGCCAGAACGAUGACGACGAUGGGGGUGGGGGUAUGGAAGAUAGAGGCAAGGAUGUUGAACAGCCAGAGCCAACAUUUGUGAGGGAGGGGGAUGCAAGUAACAGGAGUAGCAGCUUCAAAUCAUUUGCUACAUGCUAUGUAUACAAAAGAAUGUGACAGUACAAGCUUGAAAAAAUUUGCAUAGUAUUUUUGUGACCGACAUUAAUUAUCAUUUCGAUUUUUUUAUUACAUUUCACAUCAUUUGCAGGAAGAAUUACAGAUCUGAAUGUCAAUUUCAGUUAAGAAAAAUGCAUCAAAAGAGUUUGUGAUCAUGUAACUAUGUCUCUCUCUCUCUCCCUCUCUCCCUCUCCCUCUCCCUCUCUCAUUCUCACUCUCACUCUCACUCUCACGCUCUCUCUCUCAUUGGGGAGCUUUAGUAAACCAAAAGUAGCAAAAAUCUGAUUAUGUUGGGUAUAUUUUUUUUUUUUUUUUUUUUUUUUUUUUUUUUUUUUUUUGGUUGAAAAUACAGUAUAUGUGAAACUGAAUGAGGAAUUCAGUAGUUAUUAUUAUUAUUUUAUUUUUUUUGCUUCUGGAAUACUCAUGGAAUUGCUGAGUCAUGCUUGUAUUUGUUUUCCUUAAGUUAGGAGGAAGGAAAUAAUGUCUUAAGAGCAGAACUUAACAUGAGUUUAACCAAAUUUAAUAGAUACUUUAAUACCACCUUAGGCAUUCCAUGUUUCAGUUAAUUUUACUCUAGCAAUAAUACUAUAUUAUUUUUUCUCUCUCCUUUCAUUUUUUUUCUGAAGCAUAAAUGGAAAUUUCUUUUCCUUUCCUUUCUCCUAUCAUGUCCUAUUGAGAAAUGAACAAAUACCAGAAGAGAUUUUGUAUAAAAAACAGAAUAUACUGUAAGGCUGGCUCAAUAAAACUUGUUCAAAACAAAUAAAAUAAAAUAAGAGGAGGUUGUUUUUCCCUGCAGUCACUCCUAAUUUGUGGAUAUAAUAAAUUAAACAAUGAAAAAGAUGAUUAUGUAACAUUCCUGGAAAUAUGUUGUACAUAUAAAGUUAGGAUUUUUCUAUGUUGUAAACAGAGAAACAUUGUAUUAAAGUUGGUUUUCCAUGGUGA